GUAAUUUUAAAAGUUAAUAAUUUUUGCAUGGAUACCAGUGGAAAUUUAUCAGAAAAACGGAUGCAUAGAUUCCAUGAGACAAGAUAUGGAGGGGAUUUGAGCCUCUUGAUCAUGAGGGUUUUAUUCUAUUGGCUUCCUACGAUGUAUACAGAAUAUAUAGCAAUAUACGAGAGUACUUUCUUGAAAAGGAGCUAUUAUUUCACCCAAAUUUCAUUGACACUCGUCACAUUUCUCUCAACAAUGGCAGUUGUGAUAUCAUUGAUGAAGGUGUGAUCAAUCAAAGUUCCUAAUAAAGCUUUGAAGGUGUACCAAAUACUAUACCCACUGACUUUUACCUCCCAAUUAAUAGUGUUUGUUGUCUAUUGGACUGCCAUUCAUCCUAAAAUCGGAGAUUUGAUGAAGAAAAAGUCUGCGGAACACCAAUUUUUUAUGUAUAUCGUUCACAUAUUUCCCUUCUUAGCAGCUUUCGCAGAGAUGAUCAUUGCUAGACCAAUGUUUAUAUUCUCAGAAGUCAAAAAUAUGGUGAUCUUCGGACUAUUUUACACCCUGAACAAUUUCUUACAGACAAAAUUUAUCGGUGGAUACCUCCCUUACCCUUUCAUGACUUGGAAAGAUUCCUCCUCACUUGUCGCAGCAGUAGUAAUCCUCAUCAUAGGAGUCAUAUUCUAUUAUAUUGCUACCAAAAUAACAGAUAGCAUCAAUGGUCACGAAGAGGAGGAUAAGAAGAAAGUAGAGUAAAUUAGGAUUUUCAAAAAUAUCCGAAGUCGUUGGCCCUCAAAGGUAAAAGU